AUGAAUGAGUUAAAUGAAAACAAGAAAAAUGAGGAAAUAAAUGAGACCAUAGAACUAAAUAUUAACAAUAUAGCUAAUAAAUUAGCAAAUAUAUUAUAUAUAACAAGUGUUUCAAUGAAAGAAAAUUUUCAAUUAAGAAAUAAUUUACACUAUGCAAAAUUUAUAAAUGAUAUGAAAUCAUAUUGUGUUAAUUUAAUUCAAUCAAUUAAUAAUUUAAAUAGUAAUUUUCAUAAUUUAACAUGUUUACCUGUUCAUUCAAUUCCUAGAAAUCCAUACAAUAAUAUUCAAGAUCCCAAUACAAUUACAAGUAACAUUAGUGUUGAUGAUUUAACAGAUAAAAUUAAAGAAAAUAAAAAAUUGAUGAAUAGUUUUAAUUCAAAAUAUAAAAAAAUAAAUUUUAACGUUUUAAAGCCAAUUGAAAAUUUUAAUGAUUAUGUAAAAUCAGCCUUAAAUAAUAUUGAACAUAUUAAAAUGCCAUUCAAAUAUGAAGAGAAAAAAACAUAUGGAAAUGUUUUAUCAGAACGAUUAAAAGAUAAGCAAAAAGAUUUUGAACAUCUAGAACUUUAUAUUGCUAAAAUAAAUUAUGGUAUUUUUUAA